AUGAGUGAAAGUUCACCAGACGAGCCGAGUUCUAAAAGAAAAGACUUCAUUUGCGGUGUUGUUGAAGGCUUUUAUGGACGGCCCUGGACUACUGAACAAAGAAAGGACUUGUUCCAAAAAUUAAAAAAAUGGGGGAUGGAUAUGUACGUCUACGCCCCAAAAGAUGACUACAAGCACCGCGCGUACUGGAGAGAGCUGUACACUGUGGAGGAGGCAGAACACCUGACAUCCCUGAUAACGGCUGCCAAGGCCCAGGGUAUAGUGUUCUGCUAUGCACUGUCACCUGGUUUGGAUAUCACUUAUAGUAAUCAGAAGGAGAUCACUACAUUGAAGAGGAAAUUGGAACAGGUGUCCCAAUUUGGUUGCACGUGUUUCGCCCUGCUAUUUGAUGAUAUAGAACCGGAAAUGAGUGAAGCAGACAAGCAGAUUUUCCAGAGUUUUGCUCAUGCGCAGGUGUCUGUGACCAACGAGAUCCACCAACACCUGGGCUGUCCUCGGUUCCUGCUGUGCCCAACACAGUACUGCUCCACCCGCGCCGUGCCUACUGUCAACAACUCCGAGUAUCUCAACACUCUGGGGACUAAGCUGUCACAGCAAAUAGAUAUUAUGUGGACUGGUCCAAAAGUGAUAUCAAAAACGUUAACAACGGAGUGUAUAGAAGAGAUCACUCAAGUGCUGCGACGUCCGCCUGUGAUAUGGGACAACCUCCACGCCAAUGAUUACGAUCAAAAGAGAAUAUUUUUAGGACCAUACUGCGGCAGAUCACCGGAACUGAUCCCGUUACUGCGCGGAGUGUUGACGAACCCCAACUGCGAGUACAACGCGAACAUGAUCCCGAUAUGGACGCUUGCGCACUGGGCCAGUUGUAGCCUCGAUGCGCCCGCGCAUAUGGAGGCUGUGUCGUGGGACAUCAAGUUGGAGCGAGAAGGGGAGCAGGGCGUGUGCGAAGAUGAAGUGCCGCUCACGCUUGGCAAGCACGUGUACCACCAUAGACAAGCGCUCAGACAAGCUAUCGACGAAUGGCUGCCUGAAUUCGCCAUCCCCAAGACAGCCCAGGGCCCGGUUAUUAAACCGCAGCCGACGGUGACAGGUAAUUUGUUGCCGCCGGUGCCGAUAAUCCCAAUCUUACCGUCGGUGAACACGUGCAUGUCGCUGAUGACGGCCACGCACAACACGUCGACGACGAGCACGGCGGACAUGACGCCGGCCAUCCCCACCGUCAACACCAGCCAGCUGCAGGCGCUGGCCGACGUCUGCUCCGCCUCCAACGACCGCCCCAUCCUCUCCACCAGGGUAUCACCGAUCGAAACCCUAAACCCCGUUCCGAACCCCGUCAUGAAUUCCCUGGUAUCCCCAACCAAAGUCAUACUAAAUGAAUCUAUACCCAACCCUAUUAUACCCAUCGCUAGCUCAAACAUGUCCAUACCUUCAGAAAUCCCUGUAUCAACCCUCCCAGUACCUAUCCUGGGGUUGAAGGCUUUAGAGGAAAGUGGGCACAAAGUGGACAUGAACAAAACAGAGGACACUUUGCUCAGUGACAGCAUUUUGGAGAAUGAGAGCUUCGAACGCCUAAAGAAAGUGCAAGGUGGUGAUGAUCUUGAUCAGAUUAUUGUGGAUGACGUUGAGGCUCAAGUCGAGGAACAGCAGAGGAAUGGGGAUAUGAGUAUUGGAGAUACUCCACAAACACUAAGCCCGAGUCGCGUGUCGAUCGUGGAGACGGGGGUGGAGCCGCUGGACGUGGACCCUCCCUCCGCAGCAGCUACCGACUCUGAUGUUAUUAUGAAUGAUGGCAUGAGCGAAAACGGAUCAAUGCAGGUGGAGCCCAGUCACAGUCCACUCAGCACCGAUAUGAUCAUCGAACCUUUAGAUACUGUUGAGCCCUCUGAAGUUGUGGAUGAGGUGGUGGAGGGCGAGGAGUGCGCGGGGCAGGCGCUGACGGCGGACGACCUGGUGCUGCUGUGUGACCUGUUCUACCUGCCCUUCGAGCAUGGCUCGCGCGGCCUGCGCCUGCUGCACGACUACCACUGGCUCACCGCGCACGCCGCCAGCAUGCUGCCGCGCGGAGCCAAGACCGAGACGAGCGAAUGGCGUCGCCGGCGCAGUCGGUUCGCGUGGUGGAUGUGCCGCACGCGGCGGCUGGCGCGGCGCCUGGCGCUGGCGCACAACCGCGAGCUGCACGCCGAGCUGCAGCCCUACGUCUGGGACCUGUGCGCCGUGCUGGCGCUGCUGGACGGCUUCCUCCGGUGGCUCGAGCUCGGCAAGUUCCCGCCCAACAUAGCAGCGAACACACAAGGAAGUUAUACGUGGUUCUCGAAAGGGUGGCGCGAGGCGUUCGAGAGCGGAGCCCAGGAGCCGUGGGUGUUCCGCGGCGGGCUGACGGCGGACCUGCGGCGCCUCCUGCCCGUGGAGUGCACCAGCGAUGCGCUGCGCCCGCUCGCGCCGCUGCCGCACCCGCCGCUCACCGUGCGGCCCUACACCGCCGGGGACGAGCUCCAGGUACUGUCUCCUCACUGUCGCGCCCUACACCCGCCGCUCACCGUGCGGCCCUACACCGCCGGGGACGAGCUCCAGGUACUGUCUCCUCACUGUCGCGCCCUACACCCGCCGCUCACCGUGCGGCCCUACACCGCCGGGGACGAGCUCCAGGUACUGUCUCCUCACUGUCGCGCCCUACACCCGCCGCUCACCGUGCGGCCCUACACCGCCGGGGACGAGCUCCAGGUGUGUGCUAUAUGUCACAAAACAUGUCGUGACGGCUCCGACUGCAGUGAUCUAUUCCCUAGCGACUUACAAACCCUACCAGCUGAUCGGCUAGUAGCACCAUUCCUCACUCUAACACCGGAGUUCUGUAUGGUGAUAGAAGAUGACGAGGAGGUUAUUCCAUACGAGUUAGGCUCCGCCGACCUGGAGGACGGUCCUGAGAAGCCAGCAAGGGAACCUAGAAUUAAUGGCAUGAAACCGGAGAUAGUAGGGUAUGCGUGUGCAGCCCUGAACAGCAAGGACUUCUAUAAGCGGCAGGAGGUGGCGUGGAUACCGGAAAUGUGCACGAAAUACCCGGAGGAACUUACCGAGAGGGAAGACCUCAGUCAGGCUGCUAAGGAGUGCGUGCGGCACUUCCACCAGUUCGGGUCGUGGGGCCGCGCGCCCGAGAGCGUGACGCGCGCGCACCCCGCGCUGCUGACGUGCUGCGUGCUGGCGCCGUGCCGCGACCCGCUCGCGCCCGCGCGCCUGCUCACCUGCCUGCUCGCCGCGCUGCGCGCCAACGGGGCUAGCGGCGUGCACGCGUGCAUCAACUCGACAGACCACUACCUGCACCAGUUCUACAGCAAGCUGGGCUUCGUGGAGGCGGCCCGCGGGGCGGGCGGGCGCGUGUACCUCACGCGUGCCUUCUAG